GCUGCGUCUCCCCAUCUCCCGCAUCGAGCUUUAAUUUUCUUUCCAUGCUCUGACACCUCCUCACCUUCUUCCACUCUUCUCCUACUUUGUAUACAGAAGCAGGUUUUAGACAGUAGACCAUAGACUUCACAUCUCGGACCUCAGACCUCAGACACUAUGGCAUCGGAGCAAGUAGACGUCCUCGUCAUCGGCAUGGGCCCCACGGGUCUGGGAGCCGCGAAGCGAUUGAAUCAACUGGAUUCUCUGUCCUGGCUCAUUGUCGACUCGGACGAGAAGGCUGGAGGUCUAGCUUCAACAGAUGUUACACCAGAAGGUUUCUUAUACGAUGUUGGUGGCCACGUCAUCUUCUCGCAUUACACCUACUUCGAUGACUGCAUCAACGAAGCAUUGCCAAAGGAGGAUGAUUGGUACGAGCACCAGCGUGUUUCCUACGUCCGCUACAAGGGCCUCUGGGUCCCCUACCCUUUCCAGAACAACGUCUCCAUGUUGCCUAAGGAAGACCAGGCCAACUGCCUUGAGGGCAUUAUCGAUGCCGCUUUGGAGGCCCGCGUAUCCAACACGAAGCCAAAGAACUUCGAUGAGUGGAUUGUGCGAAUGAUGGGAGACGGCCUUGCCAACAUUUUCAUGAGACCUUACAACUACAAGGUCUGGGCUGUUCCCACCACAAAGAUGCAAUGCCAAUGGCUCGGUGAGCGUGUUGCCGCACCCGAUGCCAAGAACGUGGUCAAGAAUGCUGUUCUUGGCAAAGUCGCUGGAAACUGGGGGCCCAACAACCUGUUCCGUUUCCCUGCCCGUGAUGGUACUGGAGGUAUCUGGAUCGCCGUCGCUAAGACUCUUCCCGAUGAGAAGAAGCGAUUUGGUAAGAAGGGUACCGUCACAAAAGUCGACGCUGAGAAGAAGAUUGUCACAAUGGCUGAUGGAUCAACAAUUGGCUACAACAAGCUCGUUUCUACGAUGAAUGUUGACCAAUUGGUCGAGUCCAUGGGUAACCAAGAAUUGGUCUCCCUCAGCAAGGGUCUCUUCUACUCCUCCACUCACGUUAUCGGUGUUGGUCUCCGUGGUGCGCGCCCUGAGCGUAUCGGUGACAAGUGCUGGCUCUACUUCCCUGAGGAUAACUGCCCAUUCUACCGGGCCACCAUCUUCUCAAACUACUCACCGUACAACCAGCCGCAGGCCGACGUCAAGCUGCCCACCAUCCAGAUUGCCGACGGCAGCAAGCCUUCCAGCAGUGAGGCCAAGGAGGGUCCCUACUGGUCCAUCAUGUUGGAGGUUUCACAGUCUAGCUUGAAGCCUGUAGAUGAAGCCAACCUCCUGAGGGAUUGUAUCCAAGGUCUGAUCAACACCGAGAUGAUCAAGCCUGACGACGAGAUUGUCUCGACAUACCACCGCAAAUUCGACCACGGAUACCCUACACCCUCGCUUGAGCGUGAGGGUGUGCUGACCCAGCUACUCCCUAAGCUGCAGGACCUGGACAUUUGGUCCCGUGGCCGCUUCGGCAGCUGGAGAUAUGAGGUCGGUAACCAGGACCACUCAUUUAUGUUGGGUGUGGAAGCUGCGGACAACAUCGCCACCGGUGCCGUCGAGCUGACACUGAACUACCCCGACUUCGUCAACACAAGGAAGAACACUGAGCGCCGUCUCGCUCAGGGCUCUCUAGCAGCUAAGCUUCCCACCCGGGCGAAGUAAAUAUAGAGAACUUGGAUGCAUUUUAUGAAGUAGAGCGCUUUAGCCGGUUUGAAUUGGCGAUUUGUGAGAGCUCAAUAAGUUAUUAUGGAGUUUAAUGUGGCACAUAGCCGGGAUACGGAGCGAACGUAGAUGAAAUGUCUGGUUUUUCUGGGUUGGAGUUUCGUAACGAGGCAUUGAGACAUCUACACUAGAUAGUCAGCUGUCUUAGAUGGGUAGACAAGAUAUCAAAAUAUAAAGUAGACAUAGAGUCACCGUAUGGUAUCUCGGAUAAA